AUGGGUCUUCGUGUGGCCCUUCACAAAGCUCUAUCGGCGUCUGAAAGCACUACUUUGACGACGAAUGAGUGGAAAUACUUGAUUCUCACCGCGAUCCUCUUGUACUCGUUGAACGUCUUCAUUCACGCCGUUUUCCACGCGAAGCGCUACCCGGCGUAUCUAGAGACCGGUAAGGGGCGUUUCAUCGUUGUCUGCCGCUUGAUCUAUGGCAUUCCGGCGGCGAUGGCGCAGGGGAUGUGGCUUUGCGCGUGGAUGGCUUUUUGGGAGCUCUUGGGCUCGCCGCUGUGGCGACCGCGCGUCAGACAUCACGGUGACGUGGGUAAGGGUCGGAAACGGACACCGGUCGUGCACGACGGGCACGCGAGCGUGGCGAUGUGCGGUGGGGGGUUUCGGACGUGGUAUCACAUCGGGGUGUAUCACGGAUUGUAUACAGAGUUCGGCGCCGAAGCGAUGAAGGAAGUGCACUGGGCGGGAUCAAGCGUGGGGUCGUUGAUGGCGGCGAUCGCGGCGUGCGCGGUGGAUCCUGACGUUGUAUGGGCGCACAUUCCGGACAUCGCGUCGUUACACCGCGAUAGGUGGUGGCGGAAUCUGACCACGGUAGGGAGUAAGUGUAGGUUUUUGCUGGACGACGUCUUGCCGGAGGAUGCGGGUGAGAGGUGCACGGGGAAGUGUUUCAUCUCCAUCACGUCGCUGCUGCCGACGCCGCAUAACGUGAUAUUGACCGAGUUCGAUUCGAAGGAUGACUUGAUCGAUGCCGUGAUAGCGUCAACGUACAUCCCAACGUGGACGUUUCCAGGGGUGUGCCUCCAUCGCGGGAUGGUGUGCGUCGACGGCGGGGUGACGAAUAAUCUCGCAUCGCUCGCUGAGGAGACGCUUCGCAUCGGGUUGGACCCGGAAGAUACGACGGAUUGGGGGGCGACGCUGGUGCCGAGCGCGCCAAGACCUCGGCACAACACGUUCAUUCCCGCCGAUGACGACGGAUUGAGCGAAAUGUACGCGUGCGGCAAGCGAGACAUCGCGCGCUGGCUCAAAACCGCCGAGGGAAAGAGAUUCGCCGCCAAGCUCAGGGAGAGAAAAGCAGAGAGCAGGAAUUGA